GCUACCUGCCAGGCACCUGCAGGGCGCCUGGGGACCCAGUUGUCGUUCUCUUGUGUUCUCAGUGGCGCCGACCUGAGACUGCGGGUGUGGAGCUGGGGAGGGCCAACGGCAGGGCUUUUGCACAGGUGGACCAGGGAGCUCUGGAGGUAGAGGCAGGCUGAGGCGGCUUGGGGAAGUGAAUCCCCUGCAGGGGCAUAGCAUGUGCAAAAGCCCUGAGGUUGGCAAAGACAGGCUAGAUAUGAGGGGAGUGGGGCCCAGUGUGCCUGCUCCGACUGUUGCAACCACCAUGCCAGGGAAACUCUUCAAUAAGAUCCCGUGUCUUUUGUCCCCUUGUCCCUCUGACCCUGUGCCUGUAGGCUCCCUGCUCUUUGCAGCUCAGAGGUUGUUACUGAGAUCUAACAGCCUGAAGCUGGAGCUACUAAUAGGGUUCUGGGGCCUCCAUCUGUCCCCUAUCUUGGGAGAGUCUUUGACCAAUGAGGAAAUUCAGGACCAGAGAGGUAGAAAGCUGCCUCGAGUCAGGGAGCACCAAGGACCCUUGACCCUGCUUCAGGGCUGCCAGCCACAGUGGCAACCCACCUUCUGUGUUCUGCGUGGAGAUGGACGUCUGGAAUGGUUCAGUCACAAGGAGGAAUAUGAGUCUGGGGGCCGUCCGCUGGGCUCUGCAGCUCUGACCGGGUAUACACUGCUCACAUCCCAGCGUGAAUACCUCUGCCUUUUGGAUGACCUCUGCCCCAGCUCAUGUGGAGACCUUGCCCAGGAGGAGCCGCUGCGGGUGCUGGAGGAGCCCGUGAGCUUUGUUCUUUUCCUCGUGCACCCUUUCCGAGCUCACCUCUGCUUCUGCGCUUGCUCUCGGGAAGCCCAGCGCGCCUGGAGGCUCAGCCUGCAAGGUGCCAUUCGUCUGAGAGCCACCGUUCUGCAGCGCAGCCGGGCGCCUGCAGCUUGCGCCUUCCUGGACGCCGUGCGGCUCUAUCGACGACGCCGGGGCUAUGCUGGUGGAGACGACGCGACACUGGGCUCCGACGCAGAGGUGCUGAGCGCUGAGCUGAUGCGGGAGCUGUUGCCCGUGCUGCGAGCACAGACGCUCCGAGGCCUGCGCGGUGCGGGACGCGCCCGAGCCCGGGCCUGUGCGGAGUUCCUCGACGCCGUGCACGCGGCUGUCAUGGCCUGGGUGUCCUCGGGGCUGCGUGCCUUCCAGCCAGAAAAGGACGCACUAUUGGCGGCGCUGGAGAGGAUGGUGCGCACAGACCUUGAACACAUCCUGCAGCAGCGCGCCCUCGGGGCACAGAGAAUAGAAGCCGAGAUCCAGGACUCAGUAGAGGUAUGCCUGUGCGGGAAGGUGGACCCACAACUGCCCCAGCUUACCCUUGCGCUGCUGAGCCCUGUGGAAGCCACGCUCCAAGCUGUUCGGACCCUUCUCAUCCGAGGGAUGGACCGGCUGUGUCACUACCUUCGCAAGAAUCCUUCUGGCACUCAGCUUCGCAGGGAGGUUUAUGAAUUUGGGGAGAUGCCAUGGGACCCAGAGCUGAUGCAGGCUUGCUACCGGGAGGCAGAGAGGAUCCACAACCAUCUGGCCCAGCUGGCAAAACCCUUUGGCUUCCUGGGGAUACGGAGCCUGGUGUUUGGGGCCCAAGACCUUGCACAACAGCUCAUGGCGGCUGCAGUUACCACCUUUCUGCAGCUGGCUGACCAGUGUCUGACAUCAGCUCUGGACUGUAGCCAGGCAGCUGCGCAGCUGGAGAAAGUCAGGGGCCUUGUGCUGAAGAAGUUCAGCUCGGACAGUGAGACCACUCUAUGGAGGUUCACCCGGGACUGGCUGCUGGGGAUCUUCUGGCCCUUUGUAUGGAGCGAGCUUGAGAUGAGAUGUAACUUGGAACCGCUGGAGGUGGAUGGGGACAUCCUGGCCACGGGCUGCCAGGUUCUGACCACCGAAGGUGUCUACAGGGAUGUCAUCCAGGGCCUCUUGCUGCAGAGGAUUGACAGAGAGUUGAAGAAGGUUCUUGGUGCCAGUGGCAGAGCUAGCUGACUGCUCAGUAGCCCAGUGGGACCAGGAAGGAGCAGGCUAAAUGCAGCCACUCCAUACAACAUGGCUUCCAAGAACAUUCCAGAGCUGUGUCUUAACCCAUCCACAUCCAUCCUGGAGGACAAUGGAUAAAGACCUGGAGUGGCCCCCUUGGGCCAAGUAUAAAAAUGCUUCUGGCUUUGUAACUGUUAUAUAUCCACUAAAGCAUCAUAGAUGGUAUAUUCUUGCUAAAAUUUGUAUACUCAAUUUCUGAGCUAGCCUGGGCUACCGUAAGACACUGUCUCUAAUAAACGACCCAAAACUUCUGUUAAUAUGA